AUGUCAGAGGGUGUGGUGAGGAGUUUGGGCUCUAGGAGGUUUCUUGAUUGGGGUGCCAUGGGUGCUCAUGGAGCUGCGAGAGGGAUUUUGAUUUGUUGGGAUAAAAGGACCCUGGAGGUGCUUGAGAUGGAAGUGGGGCAGUUCUCAAUUUCUUGUAGGUUUAGGAAUGUAGAAGAUGGGAUUGUUUGGAUUUUCACAGGAGUGUACGGGCCGUUUUCUAAGGAGGAAAAGGAGAUUCUGUGGGAGGAGCUCGAGGCUAUAAGGGACAUCUGGGAUGACCCUUGGUGUCUAAGGGGCGACUUCAAUGUUACCCUCUCCCAAUGGGAAAGGAGUAAUCAGGGAAGGCUGACUGGUGCAAUGAGAAGGUUUGCUCAGGUUGUUGAUGAGCUAGAGCUCCUAGAUCUUUCUCUGCAAGGGGGUGUGUUUUCUUGGAGUGGGGAUAGGAACAAUCAAUCUUGGGCUAGACUGGAUCGAUUUCUAGUGACCCAAAACUGGCUUGAUCAUUUUAGUGGGGUUGUCCAAAGUAGGCUGCCCAGACCCACUUCAGAUCAUUUUCCCAUCUUGCUGAAGGGUGGUGGGUUAAGACGGGGCCCAUCCCCGUUCAGGUUUGAAAACAUGUGGCUCAAAGUUGAUGGGUUUAAGGAUCUUCUUUGGGGUCAGUGGCAGGGGUUGGGGGAGAGAGGGAGGGCCAGUUUUAGAUUGGCCACUAAGUUGAAGGUGAUGAAGGAAAAAAUCAAAGGUUGGAACAGGGACGUGUUUGGAAGGCUGGAAGUUAAUAAAAUCUUAGCCCUCCAGCAAGUCGAAUUCUGGGAUAGGGUGGAGAGUGAAAGGAGUCUGUCAGAAGGUGAAACGGAGCUGAAAAAAGAAGUUAAGGAAACCUUUAAAAAGUGGGUGUUAUUGGAAGAAACCCAUUGGAGACAAUUGUCAAGGGAGUUGUGGCUUAAGGAAGAGGAUAAGAACACAGACUUCUUUCACCAGAUGGCCAAUGCCCACCGAAGAAACAACUCCUUGGAUAGAAUUAAGAUCAAUGGGGUUUGGUUGGCUGAGGAGCAGGAGGACUUCGUGAAGGAGGAGAUUGUGGACCUGUUUAAGGAGUUUUUUGAUAAGAAAUCUUUUGCCAAGAGUCUCAAUACUACCUUCCCGGUCCUCAUUCCAAAGAAAGGUGGGGCUGAGGACCUUGGGGAUUUCCGGUCCAUCAACCUUUUAGGGGGGCUGUACAAGCUUUUGGCCAAGGUGUUGGCCAAUAGGCUGAAGAAGGUCUUAGGUAAGGUGGUCUCUGUGGAUCAAAAUGCUUUUGUGAGAGGUAGACAGAUUUUAGAUGCCUCACUCAUAGCUAAUGAGGUGAUUGAUUUUUGGCAUAAACGUAAAGAGAAAGGGUUGAUUUGCAAACUGGAUAUUGAAAAAGCCUAUGAUAGCAUUAAUUGGAAUUUCCUCAUGAAGGUCUUACACAAGAUGGCCUUUGGGUCUCGUUGGAUGGAGUGGAUUUGGUGGUGCAUUUCAACUGCAAAAUUUUCUGCUCUGGUCAACAGGGUGCCAGCAGGGUUCAAGGUGGGAGCGGGGAUUAAGGUCAAGUUCUGGAAUGAUCUGUGGUGUGGUAAUGAGGCGCUGUCCCAAAGUUUUCCCCAACUAUUUGCCUUGGCGGUCCAUAGGAACGCAACGGUCAAUGAAGUAUGGGAUUCAAGCCUUGGUCAAGGAGGUUGGAACAUUAGAUUCUCUAGAGAUUCUAAUGACUGGGAGCUGGAUGCGAUAGGGGAGCUGUUUCAUAUGCUAAGGGACUUGAAGAUUUCUUCAGAAGAGGACUCAGUGUUAUGGAAAGGAAGGGGUCAUGGUUCUUUUCGGAUUAGGGAUGCUUAUAAGUUGUUUGUUGCUCCUAGUGCCAUCGCCUUCCCGAAAAAGAACAUUUGGGUGGAUAAGCUGUGA